AUGCCAGGAGACAAGAUUCUUGUUUUUGGGGGCACUGGACCUGCCGGAAUCUGUCUAUUGCGAGAGCUUGCACACGGCAACCAUGCAGCGAUUGUAUACGUCCGCAAUCCCGCUAAACUGCCAGAGGAAUUGGCCAAACACCCGCUACUAGAGGUAGUUAAAGGUGAAAUGAGCGACCGGGAAACUCUAUCCGCAGCCAUGUCACGCUCAUCGACUGUCCUGUCGCUCUUGGGUCCUCAGAUCAGCGAUCGCAAGAUUGAUCCUUCACUCUAUGCCGACAUGUACAAGAAUUACAUAUUUCCCCUUAUGCGACAACACGGCGUACGACGCAUCGUUGCAAUGGGGACCGUGUCAAUUCAACGCACCGAGGACCAUUGGACUGCCUUUCAAUUCAUGGUGGUUUGCUUCAUGAGGCUGUUUUCUGGUACCCUUUACCGAAACAUGCUGAACCUUGCCGACGCUUUUGAUCGAGACGCUGCUGGUCUCGAUUGGACCGUCUUUCGUAUCGCGCAGAUACCCGGCGAGCCCGAUGAGGAAAGCUGGAGAAAAGACAGGGACGAUGGCGAGGUCUCUGUCGGGUGGAUUGGUGAAAAGGGCUGGUCGUCGUCGAUAAAGCGGGCACUUUUGGCGAGAUGGCUGGUAGAUGCUGCCGAGGGCAAAGCUGAUGAGUGGAUCGGGAAGAUGCCAGCCAUUAGUAGAGGUUCCUGA